AUGGAUUAUAGAAAUAGGACCAGAGUCACUGAGUUCAUACUUCUGGGGUUUCAGACUGAAAAAGAGGUAGAAAUACUUAUUUUUUCUGCAUUCCUGCUCAUGUACAUGAUAUCUCUGAUUGGCAACACCAUGAUCAUCCUUUUGGUGUGUGUUGACUACCGCCUGCAUUCACCCAUGUAUCUUUUUGUAGCCAAUCUUUCUUUCCUUGAAGUUGCCAUCACCUCCACUGUGGUACCUAAGAUGCUAGCAAACACAUUCUCCCUCACCAAGGCAAUAUCCUUCAUGGGAUGUCUCACACAAUCUAUUUUCUACUUCCUUCUGGGAUCCACAGAAUUCUUCAUCCUGGCUGUCAUGUCAUUUGAUCGGUAUAUUGCCAUCUGCAACCCACUGAGGUAUACCAUCAUCAUGAACACACAGACAUGCAUAAUAUUACUUGUGGGGUCCUAUAUAGGUGCAUUUUUGUCAAUGUUAUCUCCAGCCAUCCUAACUGCCCCGUUAAUCUUUUGUGGACCAAAUAAAAUCCAUCAUUUCUUCUGUGACCGAGCCCCCAUGCUACAGCUGGCCUGUACAGACAUCUCUCUAGCUGAGGUGGCUGAUUUUAUCUCCUCUGCUGUGUUGCUCCUGGGCUCCUUGCUCCUGACAGGAGUGUCUUACACCUACAUUGUUAUUACGAUCCUUAGAAUUCCUACUAUGCAGGGACAGCAGAAGGCCUUCUCUACUUGUGUUUCACACAUCACAGUGGUUACAAUUUAUUAUGGAAGUUCCAUAUUCCUCUAUGUUCGUCCAAAGAAAGGCAAUGCAACGAGCAUUAACAAAUUUGCCACAGUGAUGAACACAGUUGUAACACCAAUGCUGAACCCUUUCAUCUACAGCCUUCGAAAUGAGAAAGUCAAAGAAUCCCUGAGAGACACCACCAGUAAAUACAUAGGUAUGCUAAUAAAUGUAAGACCUCAAAAGUGA